GAUGCCCGGCACUGUCCGGCGCUGCGGGUUGUGCAGGAGGAACCCGGAGCUGUCAGGGCGGGCGUCCUGCUCGGUGCCUGCCACCCCGCGCGCCGCCCGCACUAUGGCCGCCCCGCCGCAGCUGCGGACUCUGCUCCUUGCGAUCAACGCACUGUUGCGCAAGCGCCGCUACCACGCAGCGUUGUCCAUGCUUAAGGGCUUCCGGAACGGGGCUGUCUAUGGAGCCAAAAUCCGGGCCCCCCACGCACUGGUCAUGACCUUUCUCUUCCGGAGUGGCAGCCUCCGGGAGAAGCUGUGGGCUAUCCUGCAGGCCACGUACACUCACUCCCGGAACCUGGCCAGCUUUGUGUUCACUUACAAGGGACUCUGCGCCCUGCAGUCCCACCUCCAGGGCGAGACCUACCAGGUGCACUCAUUUGUGGCUGCCUUCCUUGGGGGCGUCCUGGUGUUUGGAAACAACAAUAACAUCAACAGCCAGAUCAACAUGUACCUGAUGUCACGCCUCCUGUUUGCCCUGUGCCGCCUGGGCGUGGGCAAGGGCUACAUCCCUGAGCCCAGGUGGGACCCGUUCCCGUUGCUCACCGGGCUAGUGUGGGGGCUGGUGCUGUGGCUCUUCGAGUACCACCGGCCCACGCUGCAGCCCUCUCUGCAGUCCUCCAUGACCUACCUGUAUGAGGACAGCAACGUAUGGCACGACCUCUCGGACUUCCUCAUCUACAGCAAGAGGCGCCCCUCCGAGUAACUUGGCCCCAACGUGCUCAUGGAGGCUCCCGCACCCAAGUCACCAUCGGCGGGCUCAGCUCGAGAUUGGCUCCAUCAGCGAAUCAUCCCAGGGGAUCCAGCCUUUUCAAGACCCGGGGUCUCAGACUCUAACUUUUAUUAGCCCGGGGUUCCAUUUGCCGAAGUGAAAGCACUGGUUUUCAGACCCCAUUAGGUACUCUUGAAUGGUGGAACGAGCCGCCAGAUCAGGCUGAGGAGCCUUGGGCACGGUGACAGCUGUGCUGCUGACUCUGUGAGACCAGGGAAAGUCACACCCCACCCUGGGCCUCGGGUCAUCGCACUCAGAGGAGGGCACUGAAGUCUCUUUCUGGUGGGUAUGUUUUCCGACUGUUCUUCUGGAACAGAGGGCUCCUGGCUGGUGGGCAGUGGGUUGCAAAUGCGUUUUUAGAAAAUAUUCAGUUCCUCGUCUUAGGUGUUCUACUGGAGAAGCUCUAGCGUUUCCACUGUCCAAUAGAAACACGGUGUGAGUCAUAUACGUGAUUGAAAUUUUUUUAGUAGCCACAUUCCAGUGGUUAGAACUCCGAGCUUUCACUGCCGAGGGCACGGGUUCAAUCCCUGGUUGGGGAACUAAGAUCCCACAAGUUGUGGGGUGUGGCCAAAAAAAAAAGGGGUGGGGGAAGAAGCAGGUGAGAUUAACCUUAAUCACAUAUUUUAACCCAGUAUUUCUAAAAUAUUAUCAUUUUAACAUGUAAUAAAUGUAAAAGUUACGAGA